GCGGACAGCUGGCAAUUGACCCCGGCCAGCCUGUUUUGAGACAAGACGAGAGCUCCAGUGGGGGCUCGGCUCCUGCUUUCCUCUUAUUAGGACCGCCUCUCGUUGACUUGUCCACACUUUUACUGCUUUCCUGGGGGGAGUUCAAGCCGAGCAGUGCUCGCCUCUCGAUCCAGAACACGCACAACCAGCUGGAUUUCUGUUUUCCCAGCAAUGCGGCACCAAUCGUCUGUGGUGCUCUUGGGCACCGUUGCUGGCAUAAGCUUAGCUGGCGCCUCGGGCGUGCCCAGAGGUGUCGGCCCUGACUUUGUUCGGUUUUACGAGCCAAAAGACAGGUUCACCUGCAUCAACCACCCGACGGUUGUGCUGAAGCCCUCCCAAGUCAACGACAAUUCGUGUGACUGCCCGGAUGGCAGCGACGAGCCCGGGACCGCUGCCUGCGCCUAUCUCGACAGCCUCUCGCCCCCUCAGCCGCUGGAGGGCUCGUUGAGUGGCACGACAAACACGGCCAACGCCCUGCCCGGGUUCUGGUGCGAGAACAAGGGCCACGAGGGCACCUACGUCCCCUUCUCGUUUGUCAACGACGGUGUCUGCGAUUACGAGCUAUGCUGCGAUGGCUCCGAGGAGUACGGCGGUGUCGGCGGAAUCAAGUGCGCCAACAAGUGCGAUGCCAUUGGCAAGGAGCACCGCCGCAUCCAAGAAGAGCGUAGGCUCAGUCAAGAGAAGGCCAUGAAGAGGCGCCGCACUCUGGUAAAGGAGGCUAAGGAGCUCCGACGCCAGGUUGAGGCGAGGAUCACCAAACUAGAAUCCGAGAUCGCGGGCCUGGAGACCAAGGAGAAGGAUCUGCGUACCAAGUUCGAGGAGGUCGAGAGGUCCGAAAAGGGCAAGAUUGUAAAGCGUGAGGGGGGCAAGGGAGGCAGGCUCAGCGUGCUCCUUGGUAUGGCCAAGUCGCGCGUGGCUGAGCUUCGCAACACACUGGACAAGGUCCUCGAGCAGCGCGACGACCUCCACGGCAAGGUUGAGGAGCUGGAGGGCAUUCUCGCGGUCCUCAAGGAGAAAUGGAACCCCAACUUCAACGACGAGGGUGCCAAGGCUGCCGUCAGGGCUUGGGAAGACUACGAAGCUAAGCACAGGGAGGAGAAGCCUACCGACCUCACCGAAGACGAGAUCACGCAGAUCUUCAAGGAGGACAGUUCCGAGUCUGGCAUAGACUGGAAGCAGUUCGAAGAGGAGGAGAUAACCGACACUGAUAUCCUUUACAGCUUCGAGGCCUACCUGCCGGAUUUCAUGAAGGAGUUUCUCCACAGCAAGCUCCUGGGCCUGCGCGUGUGGAUGAUCGAGAACGGCCUCCUUGCCGACAACCCCAACCAGGGCGAGUCUCAUAUCAUCAAGGCGGCUCGGGAGGCUCUCGACGCCGUCAGCAAUGACAUCAGCAACAAGCGUAACAGUCUCUCCACCGAGCAGACCGAGAUCGCCAAGGACUUUGGGACCGAUGACGUCUUCCGUGCCCUCAAGGACAAGUGCGUCAGCGUCGAGUCGGGCGAGUACGAGUACGAACUCUGCUGGAUGGACAAGACAACCCAGAAGUCCAAGAAAGGUCACGGAAACACUAGCAUGGGCAACUUCGACAAGCUCGACUUUGGUGAUGCCGACGAGGAGGAGCGGGCCGACGGCAAGGGCCUCGGCCGCGGCCGGCGUGUGGUUCUCCGGUACGAGAACGGGCAGCACUGCUGGAAUGGGCCGAGCAGGAGGACGGAUGUUUGGCUGGCCUGUGCUGAGAAGGAUGAGCUCUGGCGCGUUAGCGAGGCGGAGAAGUGUGUCUACAGGAUGGAGGUCGGCACCCCUGCAGUCUGCGAGGACAGCAAGGCGGCGCCUGGCGACGGUGCUCGCGCGAAGGAUGAGUUAUAAGCGGAUGGAUCGAGCAAGCGCAGUUUCGAGACUGAGAUGGAACGAGCGGGCGGGUUGCUCGAUCUUUAUCCCACACAUGACACUUCACCUGCUCCAGUCCAGUACAUUCCUCAUUAGACAAUUUUGUUUUAGCGUGGCAGUAAAAUGCGGUUGAUUACGUGUCUCAGGGGUAUCAUA